UUCAGCAGUGCUCUUGCUGUCAAUGGAGCUGCCAGAUGGAGUCUCCUUCAGGCUGUUAUUUCGAGCACUUCGCCGGGAACGAUAAAAGCCUCACUGAAUGCCUGGGCCCGUGGAUUCUUGGAUGUGAGCCAGCCGAAUGGUCAGACUAUUGCUCUGUAUAUGAGUGGUUUGCUCGAGUUCUUAGUGGAUGGUAAACGGCACUUUGGUGGCGAUUUUUACAGCUAUCGCAGAGCCCCCGUUAUCUUACACCUAUCUCAAGGCCAACAUACAUUGGAUAUGAGGUUGACGCGCGAUGUUAGGGCUCUGGGUGCAGCUGAUGAACCUAUAAUUGGGGUCGACGUUGAAGCCGAAGAGCGCCAGAUGUCUUUGAACAUCGACUCAGAGAGCCUCUUGGUAUCUGACAUCACUCAGGGAAGGCUUGGAAAUGGCUGGGCGUCGAUUGAUGUCCAGAACAAUCUAGCUGAGUGGGUUGAAAUUGUCUCUCUUAGUUCGCCCGAUGUUAGUUUGUGA